UUGUAGUCGUGGACGUGACUGGGAGGAGUCGGCCCGCCUCGGAUUUCCGCACCGGGAGCCGGGCCGCGACCAUGGCGGAGCCCACGGUGUGCUCGUUCCUCACCAAGGUGCUGUGCGCCCACGGCGGCCGCAUGUUCCUGCAGGAUCUGCGCGCCCACGUGGAGCUCUCGGAGGCCCGGCUGCGGGACGUGCUGCGCCAAGCCGGGCCCGACCGCUUCCUGCUGCAGGAGGUGGAGGUGCGGGAGGACCCGUGGGACGCCGAGGCCGAGGUGGCGGCCGGCCAGGGCGGCGCGGGCGGCGGCGGCGGCCCCUCGGCCUGGCGGGUGGUGGCUGUGUCCUCCGCGCGCCUCUGCGCUCGCUACCAGCGCGGCGAGUGCCAGGCCUGCGACCAGCUGCACCUCUGCCGCCGCCACAUGAUGGGCAAGUGCCCGAACCGCGACUGCUGGUCUACCUGCACCCUUUCUCAUGAUAUCCACAUACCUGUCAACAUCCAAGUCCUGAAAAACCAGGGACUGUUUGGUCUCAAUGAAGCCCAGCUUCGGAUCCUUCUUUUACAGAAUGACCCCUGCCUUUUACCAGAGGUCUGUUUGCUCUACAACAAAGGUGAAGCCCUGUAUGGUUACUGCAACCUCAAGGAUAAAUGCAACAAGUUUCACGUGUGCAAGUCCUUUGUCAGGGGAGAGUGCAGGCUGCCGAAGUGCAAGCGGUCCCAUCAGCUAAUUCACGCUACAUCCCUGCAGCUGCUGCAGGACCAAGGACUGAAUAUUCCAAGUGUCGUUAAUUUUCAGAUAAUUGCUACCUACAAGCACAUGAAGCUGCACAAGAUGCUUGAAAAUAAAGAUAAUUCAGCUUCUGCUGAGCAUUCCCAGGGCCUUGAGAAACAAGGAGUACACGUAGCUGGGGCUGCAGAGGCCGGUCCUCUGGUCUCUGGCCCUGCUGAGUCAGCCAAGAAGCCAUGUUCAGGUAAACCUUAGAGGACGUCAGUGAAAUAAGAAGAACGUUGUCCAAUUGGAAGGUCUGAAAACAAAGCUUCUGUUGAGAUUUAAUUUGUAACCAUUCAUUCAUUUAAUCGUUUAUUAAUAAUAGCUAUAAUGAUACCUACCUCACAGGUUGUGGUGAGAAUUAAAGAAGAUGGAAAAGGAGAAAAUGCCAGAUUGGGAGGAUAAAAUUGGGGGUGGGUGGCUGAGGAUGAGGUUAGACAUUGAACAGGCAAAGGGAGAGUAAAACCUGAGAGUAGAUGAGGUCAGUCCUGGGCAAAUCCUGCGGUUCCUGAGAGCUUUCCCUGGGCUGGCCGGCCAGAGCUCUUAAAGAGGCAGGCUCCUGCGGACUUGUUCUGGGACCCAGCCAAGUGCUUUUCUGUAUGCCCAUAUACAUAGUUUACAUUGUGGUAUUCAGGGACUACAUACACUUUAUGCUCUUUUUUUUUUUUUUUUUUGCUUAACAUUCCAUAAGUAUCUCUCCAUAUUUAUUCACAUUUAUCAUGCGUAAUCAUUUUCAUGCACAGAUACACUAAUAUAUCAUCGUUUGCUUAACUAGUUCCAUUAUUCUGGGAUAUUUUGAUUCUUUCUAACAAAUUUUGAAUAUAACUCUUUUCUUAAAAUCCACACAAUAUUAAAUUUUUACAUUAUUCUUUACUUUUGCUUCACUUAUAGUUGCUGAAUGAUACUCUUGAUUUUCAUUUCUUUAAAAAUACAUGCGGGAAUUUGCUGGCGGUCCAGUGGUUAGGACUCUGCACUUCCACUGCAGGGGGCACGGGUUAAAAAAAAAAAAAAUAUAUAUAUAUAUAUAUAUAUAUAUGCAAGUAAAUAUUCUUCCGUAUGUCUUCUUUC